CGGGGCUGUCGGGGGCGCUGCUGACGCGUCGCUGCUAGGGCGAGUGACGCGGCGCCAGCCAGGCCGCAGCCCGGCUCGCGCCGCCCGCCCCGGCUAAACUGUCCCGCCCCUCGCUCCACGCCCGGCCUCCCGCGCGCCUUGUCAGACCGUGGUGGCCACUGCAGCUCCUUGAAGCGACUGGCGCACGCACCCUCGUCCCUGCCCCCCCCCGCGGCUUGUUCCACUCCGCCUUCCUAUCGGUCGCACGCUCACCCGCCUGAAGCGACAUGGCCCACGCUCCCGCUAGCUGCCGGAGAUACCCGGGCUCCGGGGAUGGCGAGAUGGGCAAGCUCAGGAAGGUAGCUCUCAUCACCGGCAUCACUGGCCAGGAUGGUUCAUACUUGGCAGAAUUCCUGCUGGAGAAAGGAUACGAGGUCCAUGGAAUAGUACGGCGAUCUAGUUCAUUUAAUACAGGUCGAAUUGAACAUUUAUAUAAGAAUCCUCAGGCUCAUAUUGAAGGAAACAUGAAGUUGCACUAUGGCGACCUGACUGACAGCACCUGCCUGGUGAAAAUCAUCAAUGAAGUGAAGCCUACAGAGAUCUACAAUCUUGGCGCUCAGAGCCAUGUCAAGAUCUCCUUUGACUUAGCUGAAUACACCGCAGACGUUGAUGGAGUUGGCACCUUGCGGCUUCUGGAUGCAAUUAAAACUUGCGGCCUUAUAAAUUCUGUGAAGUUCUACCAGGCCUCGACAAGUGAACUUUAUGGAAAAGUUCAGGAAAUACCCCAGAAAGAGACCACACCUUUCUAUCCGAGGUCACCCUAUGGAGCCGCCAAGCUCUAUGCCUAUUGGAUUGUGGUGAAUUUCCGUGAAGCUUAUAAUCUCUUUGCAGUGAAUGGCAUUCUCUUCAAUCACGAGAGCCCCAGAAGAGGAGCUAAUUUUGUUACUCGAAAAAUUAGCCGGUCAGUAGCUAAGAUUUACCUUGGACAACUGGAAUGUUUCAGUUUGGGAAAUCUGGAUGCCAAACGAGACUGGGGCCAUGCCAAGGACUAUGUAGAGGCUAUGUGGCUGAUGUUGCAAAAUGAUGAGCCGGAGGACUUUGUCAUAGCUACUGGGGAAGUUCACAGUGUCCGUGAAUUUGUUGAAAAAUCAUUCAUGCACAUUGGAAAAACCAUUGUGUGGGAAGGAAAGAAUGAAAAUGAAGUAGGCAGAUGUAAGGAGACCGGCAAAAUUCACGUGACUGUGGAUCUGAAAUACUACCGACCGACUGAAGUGGUAAGGACUCUCUCACCACCCAAAGUGUGGCCACCCUUGGCCAGCUGGCUGGGAAAAUUCCCUCCUGGAAUGCCUGCUGCCAACCUUCAAAGCUUUCUAAUACGCCUCUCUGGCAUACUCCACAGGGCACUUCCCAAACGAGAAUACAGAGAAUUAAGUUUGAGAUACCAUUCUCACCACAAAAAUCUAUUGCUGUAUAAAGAAAAACAAGAAUAAAACACACCCAGGAAAAUAUUGAUUCCACAAAUGGAGAUCAUAGCUUGGACAGAUCUCAUCUGCAGAAUGAUCCCUGAUGCCCACAAGAUGUCUGCUUACUAAUCCUGACACCUGUAGGCUUUCUAGGGUCAGAGUCCAUUUUUACUGGCCACCUGUCUCUUGUUCACUGUGUGUGCAUAUUCUCACACAUAUGGCCACCAACAUGCUCAUGCACACCACUCAUAAAAGUCCUCCCCUACCCUGUAAGGCUCAGCUCAGAUAACAUCCUUUUCUAACCAAUAUUGUUCUGCCACUAACACGUCUCUUGUCUCUGUAAUUUCCUUGCACAGUCCAGGACAGUGUUCUCAGUCUUCCUAAAGCUGUGACCCUUUAGUGCAGCUCCUCACAUUGUUUUGACCCCCAACCCUAAAAUUAUUUUUGUUGCUAUUUCAUAACUGCAAUUUUGCUACUGUGAUAAAUUGUAAUGUAAAAAUGUGUGUCUGACAAUGGUCCUAGGUGACCCCUAUGAAAGGGUCAUUUGACCCCAAAAGGGGUCAUGACCCACAGUUUGAAAACCACUGCUGUAGGGCCUGUUAUAAUCAUUUGUUUUCAUGUUUUCCUUUCUUUGCCACACUCUAACUUCUUUGAGGACAGGGGCUUUGGGGAGGAGGAAAAAGACAAAGGUGGAACAAGAUAGUUGUUUAAUAGUGACUAACUGGUUAGUAGGCAGAAAUUUCUAAAUACAUACGUUUCCAUACUAAGAAAUACUUUAGAUGCCAGGAAAUGGCCCAGUGGGUAAAGUGCUUGCUGCCAACGCUGAUGACCUGAAUUUUAUCCCCACAGUAUCCACAGGGUGGAAGGAGAGAACCAACUCCUAAAAGUUGUCCUCUGCCUUCCACAGGAAUGUACCAGACAAGGUGCAUACGCAUAUAUGCAAUAAUUAUUUUAAAAGAGGAAUAGAUUGUUAAUGUCAAUAGUGUACACUGUUAGUAGGAACCAUCUUCCUUUUCUAAGUUUAUAUAAAAUAUGUAACUUGGUAUCACUGCUUUGAUGUGAUCCAUACUAUGAUGACAAAAAGAAAGGUGUUUAGAAUGAAGUGCUAAGGAUACUGGGAAGCAGAGUCUUCAGAGAGAAGCACACUUGAGAGUGUGCCCAGUGAGUGGCUGUGGAAAAGCACCUUUAGAACCUGUUUUCUCUGAGAAAAGGCAGUGAAGACAGAUUGAAAGUAAAAAACCAAGGCUCAUUAGCCAUCCUUUGAAAUGUGUUGUUCUAUGCCCCCUGUCCGUGUUCGGUCCCCCACCACCACCCGCAGCCACUGAAGGCUACACUCAAUGUUUGCCUCUUACAGAGAAAGAAUCCACACAAAGGAAGUGAACAGUGGCUUAGGAGAGGUAGGACUGUGCAGCCCUGCAUUGUCCCCCCCAACAGGGCGUGGCCAGGCUUUGACACAGAGAGUGAUUGUUCUUAGCUAAUGGCAAGUGGGUGUGCCUGUAACAGGAUGUGCCUGUCCCUGGAGGAGGAAGAUACUAGCCAUGCUGCUGCUGACACAGCAAGGACCUCCUCUAGACUCCCAGCCUCUGCACUUAUUCCCAUCCUGGGGAAGAGCUGCGAGGGCCUCAUUUCUCCGAAACUCUUCACAAGUCAUACACAGGAACAAAUUUCUCUUCUCACUAAUAAAGAUGGUUACUUCUGAGCAAACACUGUACCAUGGCAGCAAAAGCUUGUGUUCUCACAACAGCUUAAGCAUGCCUCUUUCUCUGACUCCUUAAGUCAUUAAGAAUCCCUGUCUGUCACUCUAACUUUGGCAAGGUGUGGUAUUGAUAAGGACCAGAACAAAGAAGGUGUAGGGCAGGAAGAAGACCCUCUAACUAACAAGACUGUUCUUGAGUCCCCACCAGUUCCUUCCCUGCCUGCUGUAUCCCUCCCAUCCCUUCCUUUGUUCAUUCAAAUGCUAUCAUCAUACCUGUUCUGCAACUCUGUUGACACCAGCAUUGUGUGAACACAGAGCGGUGUCUGGUUUCAUACGCAUGCUUGCUGCCCCCUUUCCCUUGGCUGACUCUCCCCACAGAUUCCCAUUACUCCCAGAUUAUAGAUCCUGCUCUAUGUUUCGUCUUUUUAAGCCUCCAGGCUGUGUUUGCUCCGUUCAACACACUUCAUCUUAACAUUCAGUUGGGCAUGCUUUCCUUGCAUAGUGAAACUAAACUUUUAACCCCAUUCCUCAAAGCAAGUUCUCUGAAACUUGGAUCAACCUGAAGUGACAGGCUUUCUGUGGAGUUGCCUCCAGGGUGACAGUGUUCUUCCAGUUGAAAGGUGACUACAUUUAAACAAGCUUUUUUCCAAAUGGGGAGCCCUGUCAGCCGUAGAAGUCAUUUCCUUUGAGUCCUGAGAAGCACUCAGUCCCUCAGAAGCUGGCAGUGGAAACAUGAAAUGAGCAGACUCUGAGAAGAAAAGGAAGAAUAUUGCUUCUUCUAACCAAACAGUCCUUUGCUUCUCGUCUCCAUCCUAUCCUGCAUGUUCCAGAGGCUUCUUGUUAGGUUUCUUGGGAUUCUUUUCACAAGUUAGUUUGUUUUAAUCAGCUAUGGUCCUCUGCCCACCCCCCCCCAAGAUCUUCCUCAUGCACAGGUACUCAUAGCCUAGGACUGGGGUGCAGUGCAGUGAUUAAUUCUUUUCUAGCAUCACAGGCCCUAGGUUCAGUUACUACACUCCCAAAUAAUUAACUAGUGUUUUAAUGUAGUUAUUCUAUUUUUAAAAGAUAAACUAUAUCUUCUUAUAUAGAAUUGGUUCCAGAACGAUCAAAGAAGAAAUAACAUAAAGAAAAAAUUUAAAACAAGAAAUAAUAAGGAUAGACAUAUACAUCAUAUAUUGAACAAGACAAACAGAAAAUAGAGUUUUAUGUUGUUGUUGGCCUGAUCUUAAGAAGGCCCUUUCCUCAGCACAGGUAGAUGUUAACCUAAGAGGCCUCUGAGGAGCCAUAUAGGACACAGAUAGAUCCACGUGUGCCAAUGAUUGUUCUCCUCACAGACUGCAAUACCGUGAAACCUUAAACCUUGCUUUUGUAUCAGCAUGAAGGGUAUAGGUUUUUCUUCUGAAUAAAGAACUCCAAUUUGUGAUUAGAGCUGAAUGGAGCCAUAUCUUUUGUACUUUACCUAGGAGUCUUUAUGACUCCUUUGGGUGCUGAGGAGUUUUGCUACCUGAGAAGUUAGGCUGUCCACUUCCCAUUGCCCCUGAGUUCCAGAGGAUUUGGAUGAUGGUAAUGUUAAAACCUGACUUCUGUGAUGUUUGAGACACCUGCUUGAGGCUGAAUCAUAGCUCAGUGGUAAAGCCCUUGUGUACAUGUGCAAAGCCCCAUUUUCCAUCCCUGGACAUGUAAAACAAAAUAAAAUAAAGCAUUCCUGCCUUAUGUAUAAUUUCUUUACAUGUUCUUAGUAACACAGAGAUUUAUCACACAGUGCUCUCGUUUCUGUCCUUUUUAAUUUUACUUUUAUAUUCGGGUGUUUUGUUUGCAUGUUUGUACCACAAGGUGUCCAUGAGGGUCCGAAGGCAAGGAAAAGUCCCCUGGGUCAGGAAUCACACUCCAUUAUGAGCUACCAUGUAGGUGCUAGGAGUCAAACCCAGAUCUUCUGAAGAAUAACAAGUAUUCCUAACCACAGAACCAUCUCUGCUAUCCCCAUGUGUUUAUUUCUGGGAAAAGUAGUAUUGUAUUUAAAUGUGGGCUUCAAGCCAGAGUGUCUCCAUUUAGUACCUGUCAGUUAUAAGAUGUAUAUAUAACCUUAGGCAAGUUACUUACGUAAUUUCUCAAUGUUUCUGUUCCUUCACUGUUAAAAAUAGGAUUAAUUGGAGAAUUUCUUUCAAAGAAUUAUCUGAGGAUGAAUGGAGUCAUUUAUAGAAUCUGACAAACAAUAAGUACCUAACACCAUGCCUACAUUCACUUCUUAUGUAUUCAUUCCCUAAGCUUUACGUACGCCUCACUUCUAGAACCUAACAGUACAAUAGUGAACAAGACUCACCUGCCCCCAGUAAAUGCAGUUGAUGUGCGGAUGCCAUCAACCCCUAGACUCCAGACCUGAGGAAAGAAGACUGCCACACUCAAAACACUGUGAGAACGUAGUGAGGGUCAUGGAGGAUUCACUCACUCUGCGCGCGCGUGCGUGCGUGCGUGCGUGCGUGCGUGCGUGUGUGUGUGUGCUCAUAUUUGUUGUGUUUUGCUCUUCUGUGGUUUUCAUUCUUUUAUUUUUUUCCUAACAUUCAGUAUCUAUUCAGUGGUAGAGACAUAUCAGAGAAAUAUGAGUAUUGAUGUUAACCUAAUACAGAACCAUAAAGAUGCCUUUUUUCUUUGAAAACUUUAAGCUGGAAAAUUCCAAAAGAAGAGAGUAAUCUCGAAUCCCUCCACUUGUGCCACAUUUUUAACCAUAUUAGCGCACACGUACACACACACACACACACACACACACACACACACACACACACACACACACAAAGUAUUUUGCUUUUUUAGUUUCACACAAGCUAAAAUCUGUUUUUCUUUUUCCUGUUUUCUUUCAUCAGAGAACUUUAGGAAAUGAGAAGAAGGACCAAAAUUGAAGGAUUUUUGGUUUGUUUUUUUUUUUUGUUUGUUUGUUUGUUUGUUUUUAAAUUGGUUUAAACUUUGCCCUCUCCCAUUUAUAAACAUUUUUUCCAAUAUCAUUACUCUUUAACAUUCAUUUUUCUUCCCAUUGUGUUUUCAUGUCCUUGAUUAUGAUUGGUUUUGUUUUAUUUUGACAUCUUAAAUUCAUUUCUAAUGACUAUAGAUAUUGAGAGGGGAUAAAAACAUGGAUUACUAUAUAGAACUGAGAAGGCAAUAACUUCAAAGAAGCCCAGCAA